GGCGCUUGUUGAUGACGUCUGUUCGAAUGAGUCGACUCUUCGUAUUGGAGUGAAAGUGCAAGUCAUCUGACAAUGACGGAGAACGAUGUGGAGAACGAACUUCUGGACUACGAGGACGAUGAAGUGGAUGGAGGUGGAGGAGUUGGAGAUGGGGGCCUUGGAGGAGGCGCUGGAGACAGUCUGUCCCUUCGGAAGGAAGGGGUGAAGGGCUCGUAUGUGUCCAUCCACUCAUCAGGGUUCAGGGAUUUCCUGCUGAAGCCUGAGCUGCUGAGAGCCAUUGUGGACUGUGGGUUUGAACAUCCCUCUGAAGUUCAGCAUGAGUGCAUUCCCCAAGCCAUACUCGGCAUGGAUGUUCUGUGCCAGGCUAAAUCUGGCAUGGGAAAAACUGCAGUGUUUGUGUUGGCCACCUUGCAGCAACUGGAGCCUGUUACUGGACAGGUCUCAGUGUUGGUGAUGUGUCACACUCGAGAACUGGCCUUUCAGAUCAGUAAGGAGUAUGAGCGCUUCUCAAAGUACAUGCCUACUGUUAAGGUGGGAGUGUUUUUUGGGGGUUUGUCGAUCAAAAAGGACGAGGAGGUGCUGAAGAGGGAGAGUCCGCAUGUGGUGGUGGGAACCCCAGGCCGCAUCCUGGCCCUGUCCCGCAAUAAGAGCCUCAACCUGCGUCACAUCAAGCACUUCAUCCUGGAUGAGUGUGACAAGAUGCUGGAGCAGCUGGACAUGCGCAGAGAUGUCCAGGAGAUAUUCCGCAUGACACCCCAUGAGAAGCAAGUCAUGAUGUUCAGUGCCACCCUGAGCAAAGAGAUCCGCCCUGUCUGCCGAAAGUUCAUGCAAGAUCCAAUGGAAAUCUUUGUGGAUGAUGAGACCAAGCUGACCCUGCAUGGCCUGCAGCAGUACUACGUCAAGCUAAAGGACAAUGAGAAGAACAGGAAGCUCUUUGAUCUGUUGGAUGUUCUCGAGUUCAACCAGGUGGUGAUCUUCGUGAAGUCGGUGCAGCGCUGCGUCGCCCUGGCCCAGCUGCUGGUGGAGCAGAACUUUCCCGCCAUCGCCAUCCAUCGCGGCAUGCCGCAGGAGGAGAGGCUUGCCCGCUACCAGCAGUUCAAGGACUUCCAGCGGCGGAUCCUGGUGGCCACCAAUCUGUUCGGUCGAGGGAUGGACAUCGAAAGAGUAAACAUCGCCUUCAACUACGACAUGCCAGAGGACUCUGACACCUACUUACACAGGGUGGCCAGGGCCGGCAGGUUUGGGACGAAGGGGCUGGCUAUCACGUUCGUGUCCGACGAGAGCGAUGCCCGAACCCUCAACGACGUGCAGGACCGCUUCGAGGUCAACAUCAGCGAGCUCCCGGAGGAAAUCGACAUCUCCUCUUACAUCGAACAAACCCGAUAAAGAAGCAGAGGAGCCGUCAGCAUCUCCAUGCAAUGACAGAUUAUACACCACAACACUCCAGUAAUUAAUCCCCUAAGCUGUUAACGGAAAAUGGAUCAACUGCGUUCUAACUGGUGCUUUCGGAUGACGCCUGUAGCCAAGUGCCAGACGGGUUUCAAACGCCCGUUAGAUGUGACAGAGGCUGGAGGCUCGUUGACCAAGCAGGAAGGCCAAAGUGAGCAGCACGCGGCAUCAACAGGAAGAUGAGGGGAAGAGAGUGCGUCAAAGGAAACUUGAUUAAUGAAGGUUCGAAAAGGGAGGAUGGGAGGAAACGGGUAGAGACCAAAUGAAGCCUAUUAAAAGUGCAGAAAUACAGACAUAUUAAAAUAUUCAGUUUAUUCUCAAUGUAUUAAAGUUAUAAACAUAUCAGGCAGUGGCUUAUCACAUCACUAUUAGAAUAAAACCAAAAGAAAAUUUCUCCUAAAGAAUAGAAAUAAAUUUGUAUUACAUACUACUAUGCUUCACCCAGUCAAACACCACCAUGAAUUGCAACAAGAGACAUAAAAUAAUCAUUGGUUUUUGAACAAACCAAACUUUAAAUUCUUUGAGUGUCAUGGAACUAUACUGGUACUCAUCUGCAGUAGUGCACAGUACAGAACGCCAUUAUGUGGAGGUGGGGGGGUGUUAUACCGAUGUCCUAUGUCAUUUGUGAUUCUGGGUUAUAUUUCAGUAUGGGCUUUGAAAGUUUGUUUAUAAAGUCUGGUAAAGUAAAUUCAGGAAGUAUGACAAUAGUUUUAUGGUUUUAAUUAAAUCAAAUUGAACAGCAAUUAUCCAGAAUGCUAGAUUUCAUUGUCAGUAAUGAGAAUACACAUGUAGGACCCCCUCUCUGCCCCCACAAAAAUACUUGAUUGCAAGAGACAGAGAACAAAAAAAAAAAAAAA